UUGAUUCAGGAGGAACUGUAAAAUGCGGCUGCUGUUUGUUUACAAUGCCCGGUGACUGCCUGUGUACAACUCUGCAUAGCCUUACGGAAUUCGCUGAUGACGUGAGAUAUCUGUCAGAGUUAUGGAAAUACAUAUGUUGACAGAGCUUCCUGAUUCACCUCCUGAUUCGCAGUCACUCACUGUGCCACUUUGGGCAAUGGCUCUGAUCUCUAUUGAGGAUCUUGACGGACUGGAUGAUGAGCAGUUGGAUGAUGACAUCACAGACAGCUCUGAACCAAUGGAUGAUGAGGAGCAGGACAGAAUGUACGCCCAUUGGCAGGCCGUAGGAAGGACACAUCAUGUUUCUGUUCCAAGAGAGAUGAGAGGACCCAUUGAGGAGAUGACGAGGAGGAACCAGACCUCAGAACGAGAGCAAGUGCCUUUUGUCACCAUCUCCAGACAUGAGAAGCUUGGCGAGGUGUUGUACGAGGAGAGAGUGUAUCCUCCAGGAAAAUGGGCAUGUGUCAGAAAAGCAGACAUGUUGUAUGAGCAAAGCAUCUCCAAUGCAUUUAUGAAGCUCAUGCGCUUCAUCUGCAAGGAGAAUUCAACAGGACGGUACCUUGGCAUGUCGGUGCCUGUUGUGAAUGAGAUCACGAUGGCAGAUGAUGGCACUAACUUCAUGAAGGAUGUGUUGACGGCAUAUUAUCUGCCUGCUGAGUUCCAGGCCAGACCGCCCGAACCAACCGAUCCUGAUAUCAGCAUUGUUGACCGGGACACGAUCCGAGUCAUAACCAGGGUGUUUUACGGGACCACAACAGAGGAGACCAUCUCUCGUCAGAUCAGCAUGCUUUGGGAGCUUUUGGGCAACUCAGGGGAUGUUCUCCGGGACCGCUACAUGGUAGCCGUUUACGAGAAUCCUGGCGUGCCCCAACGUAGGAAUGAGAUCUGGUUCAUUCGCCGUGGUCCGUGAACAUUUCAGAGCACAUUUAAGCCAGUAGAGAUGUUUUGAGUUGCUGAAUGUCUCAUAAUGAAGGUGUGGAGCUAGUCACAAUCAAAAAAAACCUUUUAUCCUUUUGUAUUGUUGUGAGUGUGAUGCAGAAAACAUUUGUUUUUAAUCAUCGAGUAAAGAAACUGCAGUUUAUUACACAAUAGAUAUAACAAAUAUAGAUUAUACACAUACAUUAUCACUGUAUAUAGCCUGCUGUUGAUUUCAGGAUCAACACAUGGAAUUGCUAAGAGAUAUCAGUGGGUGAAACUUCACCCUGGCAUUAUUUUUAACUUGAAUAAUACAAAGAAACAUUUGUAAUAAUGGGUUGAAGACGAUUCAUUACGCUUCUGCUGUUUUCUGCUUGAUUUAAAUGUUUUACAGUACUUGAAUUUACUUUCAUUUUCAGUUUCUGUUUAUUUUAUCCCAGAAAAUAGCAUUUCUAAGUUUUAAAUAGUGAACUAAAUUGGCGUUGUCUGCAGUGACUCGAAUACCAUACCAUGCACAACUAAACUGUGAACCGUAAAUCCCUCAAUAAUGGCUUUUGUAACUUCUUGUUUGCAAUAUAUAUUGCUCAGUUUCAAAAGUAUGUAUUUGCAGCUGGGUAUUGAGUUUCAAUACUUAUCAUAUAGUUUGAAUUAUUGUAAUUUUAAGUAGUCAUUUAAAUUUAAAUUGUGUUGGAAGACUAUUGUAAAAUACCUUUUUUUUUUUUUUUUUUUUUUUUUUUUUUUUUUUUUGUACUUUGUGUAACAGACCCUCAAACCAUUUACCAGACAAUCAUCGGUCGGAGCACUAAAACGCAAUCUUCUACAUUUUUAUUUUAUGGGCCAAUCAAAUUGUUGCUUUCUUUGAUAUUAGUAGUGUAUUGCAGUUAAAAUCAGUCAUUUGCUACAAGAUGGAUAAUAGUAUGGCAUUGUGUUUUUUACGGGUAUGCUUGUUAAUCUCUUUUCUUAAGGUCUACAAGUGUAAUAUAUCUAAACACCACUUUUUCUUCAUCAAAUAAAUGGAACCACAUGAUUAGA